ACAACCCCAAAACGACAGAAACUGAAAGCGUAGAAGGAAAUACAUAUUUUAACAGACGGAUCCUUUGCUUUCACGGUGUAUUCGUAUGCCUACGCCACUUUCCCCCGCCCAACACUCUCUCAUAUAAGCGCCUUCUCAUUUAUUGCAUUCUACGCUAUUCGCUGACAUUGUUCGUUGCUUCAUUUCCUACCUCUGUCUUCUUCGUCUUCUUCUUCUCUUUCCUUUUCGUUCUUGUUCUUUUUUGCGACCGCUUUGGGCUACCAAGUGUUCGACGAAAUGCCUGAAGGAUGCUCUCCCUCACCGCGAAGUCCACUCACCUCCUUCUUUCUUCUUCUUCUUUCGCAGAUUUGAAUACCCAUAUUUUCUCUCCUUCAUUUUUUGCCAUUAACCUUAGAACGCGGCGGAAUAGGCGGGAAAUUAGUGUUUCUUCGAGUCUUCUUGCUGCCAAGGAAAGUGGGUCUCUUUUGGGAUUCCUUGGCGCGAAAAGGAAGGAUAACAGAGGUUCUUGCCGGUGGUGUGGUGGGUUUGCGAGGGGGUGCAAGAGGAGUUGGAGCAGCGAAGGGAAUAUUGAACUGGAGGCCGGGAUUUUGGAGUUCAUGAGGAACUCAGCGAAGCCGGAAGUGUUUCCUAGCAAGAAAGAAUUGAUUGAUGCAGGGAGGAUGGAUCUUGUGGAAGGUAUUAUGAGGCAACGAGGGUGGCUGGCAUUGGGUUGGGAUUCUGAUAACGAGGAGGAAGAAAAGAAGGGUUGGGUUCAAGAAAAUGGUGCUAACAAGGAUUUUGUAACCGAGACAGAAUGUCAUAAUGGGGCUUGUCAAGUAGAAAAUGAAACUCAUAUUUCUUCUUCUUCGGCUACCUCGUCUGGUAUAUCACUCUCUUUUAUAUGCAGUAUGGAGUUAGUAAAUGGGGGAAACAGUUCAUGUGCACAAUAUGGCAUUGAUAAACUUGUAGGGACAAACUACAAGUACCGGAGAAUGUCUAUGAAGGCCUAUCUUCAAGGUCAAGACCUGUGGGAACUUGUUGGUGUUCAAGCAGCAAUUCCUGAGGAUACUCCAGAAAAUACUGAACCAUGGAGGAAAUGGAAGAUUAAAUGUAAUAAAGCUCUUUUUGCUUUAACGACUUCAAUCAGUGAAGAGUUCAUUGACCAUGUUCAUGAUAUUACUUCACCAAAAGAAGUUUGGGAGACACUAGAGAGGUUGUUUUCCCAAAAGAAUACAAUCAGGUUGCAAUUGUUGGAGAAUGAAUUGGCAAUGCUAACACAAGGAGGUAUGUAUAUUUGUAAAUAUUUUUUACAAGUUAAAAGUAUUUGUGCUGAAAUUUCAUAAUUAGACCCGGAUGAGAAAAUAGUGAAGCAAGAAUACGAU